AUGGUCGAAUGUGAUGUGUUCAAUUCAUUAGAUGCACCAAUUCAACGUGUGACAGGUGUGGAUAUUCCAAUGCCAUAUUCAGAAGCUGUUGAAGCAUAUUCGAUGCCAAAAGGUGAUCAUGUUGUAAAAGCAGCUAAGAGAAUUUUGAAUAUUUCGUAA